AUGAGCGACAACACCACAAUGGAGGCGACGACCCACACCCCAAGCAACACCAUGCCUUCUACCGACCCAGCCUCAACACCAGAAAAGAUCGAAGGGCAACAUCGUGGUUCAUACACCCCCUCCGACAUCGAACGCCUCGGCCGCGAACGCCCCUCAGCCUUCCGUUCCCUCCCUCAUGAACUAGGUUUCUGCUUCGCCCUCCUCGGCUCCAUGUUCGUAGCCGAGUACAUGAUCUCGGGUUUCAACAUCCUGCUCCCCGACCUCACAUCCGCGCUUUCCAUCCCCUCCAACGCACAAACAUGGCCCGCCUCAGUUUUCUCCUUGGUAACAGGCGCGUUCCUGCUUCCCUUUGGUCGGCUAGCCGAUAUGUUUGGGGGCUACAUUGUUUUUUGCAGCGGGCUGGCUUGGUUCUUGGUUUGGAGCAUUAUUGCGGGUUUCAGCCAGAAUUAUGUCAUGUUGAUUGUUUGUCGGGCGCUGCAGGGAUUCGGGCCUGCGGCUUUUUUGCCGAGUGGGAUUAUGUUGCUGGGCAGUAUUUAUCGACCGGGUCCGAGGAAGAAUCUUGUUUUUAGCUUGUAUGGAGCUUUUGCCCCUGUUGGCUUCUUCACGGGGAUUUUCUUUGCGGGUAUCGCCGCACAGUUUACGAGUUGGGGGUGGUUCUUUUGGAUUGGAUCGAUUAUCCUUGCUAUUGUGGGUGUGGCAUCGUAUCUGUGUAUACCGAACCCAAAAGAAGAGAAAGAGAAGGUGAAGCAGGAGGGAAAGGGAGUGAAGAUGGAUUGGUGGGGGACGGCGACUGUUGUACCAGGAUUGGUACUGGUUGUCUUUGCGCUUACGGAUGGAAGCCAUGCUCCUCAGGGCUGGGCGACACCGUAUAUCCCCGUCACCUUCGUCAUCGGCUGGAUCUUUUUGGCAGCAUUCGUUUACAUCGAAGGCUGGGUGGCUGAACAACCUCUGCUACCUCCUGACUUGUUCCGGGUCAAGGGCAUGAAACCGCUUGCGCUGGCGCUAUUCUUCCAAUACGGCACCUUCGGUAUCUUCAUCUUUUACGCCAGCUUCUAUAUCGAACAAGUCGUUGGCGCUAGUGCGCUGCUUACUGCCGCCUGGUUCACGCCCAUGUGCGUCGGUGGACUUAUCCUGGCCACCAUUGGCGGAUUAGUACUACAUCUCCUACCAGGUCGAAUCCUCCUUCUCAUCAGUGGUGUAGCAUACAUACUCUCGACACUACUUUUCGCCGUCGUCCCCGUACACUUCAAUUACUGGGCCUACAUCUUUCCUGCUAUGAUCUGCGCUACGCUCGGUAUCGACAUCACCUACAACGUCAGCAACAUCUUCAUCACGACUUCGUUACCAAAAGCGCGUCAAGGACUAGCAGGCUCCUUCAUGAACUCGCUACUGUUCCUGGGUAUCGCCGUGUUUCUUUCGUUUGCAGAUCUAGCGGUUAGUGAAACAGAGGAAAGAGGACAAAGGGGGAGCUACAAAGUAGCUUUCUGGCUUGCUACUGCGCUUGCGGGCGCGGGUGUCAUCAUCAUGUUCUUGGGUGUUAAGAUUGGGAAGGCGAAGAGUGAUUUGACGAUUGAAGAGAGGGAGGAGUUGGAGAAUGAGUUGGUGAGGAGGAACACGAAUGAGUGA